CUCAUUUUUCCCCACUCACUCACUACUCUACUCUCUCCUUAUAUUAGACCACCCCCCAACACCCUCUCUCAAUUCCUUAAUUUAGUAGCCACCGCCACCGUAGAAGGCCACUCCGACCAGCCAGCGGCCGCCGUGAGAUAGCCAGAGAACUAGAAUAACUAUAGCUAGCUAGGAAGGAAUAAUCUUUCUAUAUAUUUUCUAGCAGUUAUGUCGGUGAAGGGGAAGGACUGCGGGAAGCACGGGUACGGGAGGAAGAGGUUAUUCCGGCGGAUAUGUGCGGGGCUGCUGAUAUUCAACUUCAUACUGCUGGUGACGAUCCUUCUGGUGUGGGCCAUCCUCCAACCCAAGAAGCCGCGGUUCGUGCUGCAGGACGUGACCGUCUAUGCCUUCAACGCCUCGGUCCCGAACUUGCUCACAUCUAACUUCCAGAUCACCCUCUCCUCCCGCAACCCUAAUGACAAGAUGGGCAUCUACUACGACCGCCUCGACGUCUACGCCACCUACCACAGCCAGCAGAUCACUCUCCGGACCCGCAUCCUCCCCAGCUACCAGGGCCACAAGGAGGUGGAUGUAUGGUCCCCGUUCAUCUACGGGACGAGCGUGCCGGUGGCGCCGUACAACUCGCUGGCCCUAGCCCAGGACCAGUCAGCCGGCAUGGUCAACGUGCUGAUCAAGAUCGAUGGGCGGGUGCGGUGGAAGAUCGGUACGUUCAUCACUGGGCGUUACCACCUCUAUGUCAAGUGCCCUGCCUACAUCUCCUUCGGCAGCCGGAGCAGCGGCAUCUCCGUCGGGAGCAACGCGGUGAAGUACCAGCUCGUGCAGCGCUGCAGCGUUAACGUCUGACCGACCGACAGACUGACUACGUACGCCCUGUUAAUAAAGAAACGUCGACUUUAAUUUCCCUUUUUAAAUUUAUUUUCGUCUAAUUUUUUUACCCUUUCUUUCUGUGAUAUUCUCGGAUCUGGUGUCGGCGAUUUAGAUAAAAGUGAAAGGCGAGUCCUCGGAGUGUGUAUAUUGUGGUGGUCUGAUGAUUGCAAAUAAGCGGAGGAGAUGAAAGGGACAAAUAGGGAAAAUUGCAGCCCGUGACAAGUUGUAUACCUUUUUCUUAAAUAUUACAAAAGAAAUUAAAAAGAAUGUGUAAUAAUUAUAUCAAUGCUUCAUCAAUCAAUAUAUCAAUUUAUGUGUACAAAGAGAGAGAGAGAGAGAGAUAACAAUCGAGUGGCCAGCGGAGGUUGCGGUGUCAUUUUCUUCCUAUGUUUAUAUAUGCGCAGCUGGGUUAUUCUGGACU